GGUGGGCCGUGCGGAUGAAUCUUUCGAUAUUCACGAAUCACAGGGCGACAGCGCGAGGGCAUUCGACUACCCACCCGUGCUUCCUGAGAUUGCUUCGGACAGAGAUGCGGCACUUGACUCGGUGAUUGUCCAGGUAGAGCAGCAGCCAGCCCCUCAUCCAACUGAUGAGCCAACUCCCCAGCCAACCGAUGAGCCAACUCCCCAACCAACCGAUGAGCCCACUACCCAUCCAACCGAUGAGACAACUCCCCAUCCAACCGCUCAGGACCCAGACGAGCCCGUGGUCGAGUCCAAGCCGGCCCUCGAACAUACUCAUCAGUCUGAAAGCGGCUUCGCGGCCGAAAUUGAGCCCUCCGUCGCAAGCCAGCCUAAUGAGCCAACCCUAUCAGCACCAGCUUCUGACCAACCAAUGAAUGAGCAAGAGCACAGUCUUGAAGUUCUUCAACAAGCCAUGAACUCCGAGGCCCUGGUUACUUUGAUGAACAUGACCAUCGGUGUCAUGGCUGCCCAACCCGCAGCUUCCGCUGCGCUUGAAGCCGUAAUCCGUGAAGAAGCAUUGAGCAUCGAGACACGAUCCGGCCGUGCGUCAUUUGUAGAUGGCGAGUCGAUUGCUGCCGAGCCGGAGGCUCCUGCACACAACAAUGUCGAGUCGAGCGAGCCCGAGAUCAAGCGCGAACAACUGGACACGGAACCCUCCAAGCCGGAUCACAAGGCCGAUGAACCGGUGGAGCACUCUGUGCCGAGGGAAAGUGUGCACGCAGUAGCUGAUUCCCAGCAACCCGAGGCUCGCCCAGCAAGUGUGGAAGCGCAGUCGAGGGAGAUUGCAACAGAAGAUGCCGAUGCAAUUCCCACCAACGUUGAUGCUGCGAAUGCAAUCGAGAACGUAUCUGGCGAUGAAGUUGACCCGAAAUUGAUUGAGCAGCAGUUGGCCGAGCACCACGAAACUGCCAAGGCAGUUGAUGCGGUUGUGGCGCAAGCACUCGAGCCUGCAGAGCCAGCACACCCAGAGCCAGCACACCCAGAGCCAACGCAUCCAGAGCCCAACCAACCUGUUGAAGCGGUGGCAACAAUGGAGGUCAAUGGCGCACCUACUCAGUCAGCCCUGUUGUUGACUCAGGAAACUGUAGUUGCAAGCAGUGGUCAAACCAAUGGCGAGCUUGAGCCCCAUCAAGCCCAGCAAGCAGAGAGUACAGUUCUGGAAGCCCAGAAGCCAGACGAGGCUCAAGUUGGACCCCAUCCAGUAGAGGUCAUCGCUCACACCAUUCAGCCCCCGCCUGUUCUGGAACAGCCGGCAAAUCUGCCAGAGCCAACCAAGGACGAGACACCUGCCAAAGCCCCCGAGUCGGUCCAAGAGACAGAGACGCCAGUGCCUCAGAUCGCACCGGUUGCUUCGGUUCCAUCAGCAGCAGUAGUCGUCGCUGCUCCCGUCCCAAGCCAUGCUACGAACCCUCCUGAAGCACUCCCUCAGUCGAUCGAAAGCAAGGGCCCAACGGCAUCCGCGAAGGACAAGCCAGGCAGUGCUCAUGCGGCACACGAAGAUAGCAAGGAGACCCACGUCUCGCCUUCGUUGGGACAUGCCCUCGAGCAGAAAAGCCCCUCUGAGGCCAAGAUGCAUCUGGGAGAGUCCAGGACGUCGAGCCCCAAACCCUCCGCCAUUCCCGAGCUCACCGUCACGAUACCGACGGGGGAAACUCAGGUGCUGACGCCCCCGGACACCAAAAAGAGCAAGAAGGGCGGCAUAUUGAGUCCAUUCAAGAAGCUCUUCAAGUUCUUUAGCAAGAAGUAGCGGCUCAGCAUACACUCGAAUGUCUUUCCAGAUUUCAUGUUGCAUGUGGGAUGAGGAAUCGGUCAGGGAGAAAACGAUGCGCGCGCGAGACGAACCAGAUAUGGAGCCAAGAUAAAUGAUCAUGUCAGAAUGA